AAAACCCGGUGUAUGGGCAGGGUAUAAAAGGCAGAUACUAGUGCCCUUCCCUUAGUGUACUUUAGACUCAGGAUACGACUAGACCGUCUUUGAUACCAUUCCAUCAUGUGUGACGACGACGUGAGUCCCCUCGUGGUCGACAAUGGCUCCGGGAUGGUUAAGGCCGGCUUCGCCGGCGACGACGCUCCCCGAGCUGUUUUCCCCUCCAUCGUCGGCCGACCCCGCCAUCAGGGUGUAAUGGUGGGCAUGGGUCAGAAGGACGCCUACGUCGGCGACGAGGCCCAGAGCAAGCGAGGUAUCCUGACUCUCAAGUACCCCAUCGAGCACGGCAUCAUCACCAACUGGGACGACAUGGAGAAGAUCUGGCACCACUCUUUCUACAACGAGCUUCGAGUCGCCCCUGAAGAGUCUCCCGUCCUCCUCACUGAGGCUCCCCUCAACCCCAAGGCCAACCGCGAGAAGAUGACGCAGAUUAUGUUCGAAACCUUCAACACCCCCGCCAUGUACGUGGCCAUCCAGGCUGUGCUGUCCCUGUACGCCUCUGGCCGUACCACUGGCAUCGUGCUCGAUACUGGAGAUGGUGUUACCCACACCGUCCCCAUCUAUGAAGGUUACUGCCUUCCCCACGCCAUCCUGCGUCUCGACCUGGCUGGCCGUGACCUGACCGCCUACCUCACCAAGAUCAUGACUGAGCGUGGCUACUCCUUCACCACCACGGCUGAACGAGAAAUCGUUCGUGAUAUCAAGGAGAAGCUUUGCUAUGUCGCUCUUGACUUCGAGAGUGAGAUGAGCGUGGCUGCUGCCUCCUCCUCCCUCGAGAAGUCCUACGAGCUGCCAGACGGUCAGGUCAUCACCAUCGGCAACGAGCGAUUCCGCUGCCCAGAAUGCCUCUUCCAACCUUCCUUCCUGGGUAUGGAAUCCGUUGGUAUCCAUGAGACCGUUUACAACUCCAUCAUGAGGUGCGACAUUGAUAUUAGGAAGGAUCUGUUCGCCAAUACUGUAAUGUCUGGCGGCACUACCAUGUACCCUGGUAUUGCUGACCGCAUGCAGAAGGAAAUUACAGCCCUUGCACCUCCUAGUAUCAAGAUCAAGAUCAUUGCUCCUCCUGAGCGCAAAUACUCCGUCUGGAUCGGUGGUUCUAUCCUGGCCUCUCUGUCCACCUUCCAGACCAUGUGGAUCACCAAGGAGGAAUACGACGAGUCCGGCCCCGGAAUUGUCCACCGCAAGUGCUUUUAAAAGUAAAAUUCGAUGUAAAUUAACCUUACUGUAUGUGCAUUCGCUGUGCGGUAUGCACCAACAGAUCCUGACGUAAUUAUGCAACCUUCUCCAUCAAU